GCUUAGGAACUAAAAAUUGACCAUAAUUAUAUGGAAAAUCCUAUGCCUCAAACCAAUACCUACCUAACCUGAAACAUGCCCACCUAUCUGCAUCUUUCAUCAUCUAUCUCCCACUCUCUCCCAUGGCCUUGCCUUGUCCCUGGUUCUUCAUCAACGUCCAUUAAUGGCGGACUCUAGGCCUAACACCGGCAACGGCAACUCCAGGGACGGAUCCACUGCCCCACCACCCAACCCUUCUACCCCCAAAGCUCCUUCAUCUCCACAACCCUUCUCCCUUAUCCAACCAUCCGAAUUACAGUCCAAGAAACAAAAACGCAAAGUCCUUCGAGCUUUCCGUUCAGUUUUCCGGGCUUUCCCCAUCAUCACUCCCGCAUGCAAGUUCCCCACCAGCCCUGGUUUACAAACCGACUCUCACAUCAGCAUCUCGGGGAUUCGAGUAACCGGAACUUUGUUCGGGUAUCGUAAAGGCAAAGUUAGCCUUUCGAUUCAAGAGAGCCCCAAGUGUCUCCCUUCUUUAGUCAUUGAGUUUUCCUUGCAAACCAACGCGUUACAAAAGGAACUCAGCGCGGGCAUGGUGAGAAUCGCUUUAGAAUGCGAAAAACGAUGUGGGAAAGAGCAAGUUAAGCUAUUCGAUGAGCCUUUGUGGACGAUGUUUUGCAACGGGAAAAAGACAGGCCACGGGGUUAAACGAGAGGCGACGGCGGAGGAUUUGCACGUUAUGGAGCUUCUCAAGGCGGUUUCAAUGGGGGCUGGGGUUUUGCCGGGGAAUUCUGAAACUGAGGGUGUUGAUGGAGAGUUGGCCUAUAUUAGAGCCUUUUUCGAUCGAGUCGUUGGCUCCAAGGAUUGCGAGACCCUUUACAUGUUGAGCCCCGAUGGAAAUACUGGUCCUGAGCUCUGUAUAUUUCUCGUCAGGAUGUGAUAAAAAAAUGGCGCCCGCCAGUGAUGGACUUUAUCAAAGUUUUCAUUUCAUUAGCGUUGCUAACAUAUAUAUGAAUAUCGUUCUUUCGUGGUACAUGAAGCCCAAAAAAAGAAAAAGGGUUGCAUAGGGAUGUUUAGAUAAAGUUUGGUGGAAACCAGUCUAUUUAAAUUGAUUGAUUUAUUGAUUGGUAUUGUUUUUAACAGGGAUUUUGUUUUCAUUUUUUUUUAAAUCUAGUUUCACAAAGAGCAGAAUUACAAUUUAAGUCAAAA